AUGAAAAAAGUAUUAUCAUCGCCAACAACCCCAAUUGCUUCUACUACUUCUUCAACUAUUUCAAAUAUUUCUGCAACAUCUUCAACCACUACAAAUGCUUCUGUUGCUCAAAAUAUUUCUAGUGUUCCUGUUAUGCCUGUUACACCUUUUACAGACUUUACUAAUUUACAUAUGAUGUUGCAACAAUAUUCUGCCACACAAUA